CAUCAUUACUUUGUCUACGAAAAAAAGAACUGUCGGAGCAGCGUUCCAGGCAACGGAAAUGAUUGCCACCCUGAAUCAUUCCAUCAUUCAUCCUAACGGAUUUUGUAAAAGUCCGCAAAGUGAUUGGUGAUCUGCAAUCUGGAUUGUGAUUUGAACAUCUGAGGACGUGGUACGGUAGUAAUCGAACACUAUCGAUGAUUGAUUGAUGUCACUGUUAAACUAUAAAUUGGUUGCGUAACUUCGACGUUACACUUUCAGUUUCGUUGUCAUACUUUCGUCAAAAAGAGAAUAGACCUUAACUUGGAUUAAAAUGAAUUCCUCCGCAUUCAACGACGACGACUCUGAAGUCUCAUCAAUUACUUUCGUAUCUCACCAUCGUGAUAACUACGCAAUUGUGGAAGCCCGGACGACCGAAAACGCAAUCCACGUACCUCCGAAUCAAUGUGACAGUAAGAAGUCCCAUGAAGAGCGUCCCAAACCGCAACCAAGUCGAAACAACAAGGCUAUUUCGUUCAUGAAUAUGGCCACUACUAAUGUUGACUGGUCCGGCUUUUCUGGAGCCGCACACAAGUCGAUCGUAACCAUGUCUCUCCACAGAAGCCAGGAGAGGCCGUCGCAGCAAUCAGUUUUGGUCUCAAAACGCUCCGAGCGGGAAUCAACAUACGUGACUACCAAGAACAUAGAGAAAAUGAAGAUUUCACAACGGCGGAUGCUAGCUAACGACGAGGGGUCCUGUAGAAUGUCGGAUAUGUCUUUCGAAAGUUCUUUCAGCAAAGCACAAAGUUUGGAAAACUGCAAGUCUAGAAGAUCGAUAUCAAGAAGAAUGUUGAUGGCCGAUCUGAAACUGUGUUCUUCAGAGAAUUCACGUGACGGAGCAUCUCAAGAUCGUAGUUUCCGAAGACGAAGUACGAUCCCGGGGGAUCAAUGUAUUCGAUCGCAACGAAAUAUGAACAGGGAUCGAUCGGAAAGAAUCUCGGAUUCGCCUUUGCACGCAUUGGAUUCUUCGAGAUCUUUAGCAAUAUCUUCUCCGUCCAUCUCUACUGGAUGGUUAAGUGGAACUGCGUGUAGCCGGGAUAUGGCAGCGUCGUCCACUACCUUGGGGCUUCAUAUGAAAAAGUCUUCGCCCAAAACAAAAAACCGUAAACGGCAGGAAAAUAUCAUGGGAAAAGAAUUGCAGAAACAGUCUUCAAUAAAGUGGUGAACGGGACACUGGUGGUUACAACACACAUUAUCCUUACCUGUUUGUUGGAAACAACACAAUCCGCUUUUGGUUGUUUUCUUCACCUAAACAGCUGUUAAACACAA